AUGCUGUCAAGACCAAAGCCUGGGGAAUCCGAGGCAGACCUGCUGCACUUUCAAAACGAGUUCCUGGCAGCCAGAGCUUCACCUGCAGUGAAGAUUGUGAAGAAAGCAGACAAGAGGAAGGGGGAGAAAGGGAGCACAGAUGCUGAGAGACCUCCACUGCGGGACAGCAAGGAUGUAGUCAUGAUGGAUGAUUUUCCUGAUGUUCUCCCAGUUUUAACUCCAGCUCCUCCAAAAAAGUCCAAGAUCAAAAGUGCUCAUGUCCACUUUGAGGAUGAGGAUCCAGAGGAAAGAUUGGAGAGUCACGAUCAACACAUUACAGCAGUCUUGAGCAAAAUUAUUGAACGAGACACAAGUGCAGUAGCAGUGACCAUGCCAGUGCCUACAGGAGACCCAUUUCCAAGGUCAUUUCACCGCUCUGAGAUAAGAAGUGAGGUGAAGGUGGGAUCUGGCAGGAAAAGCAUUUUCGCACAGAAGAUGGCAGCGAAAAGAACUGUUGAAAAGGUGACAUCAGCUCCCUCUGCUGCCGAGUGCGUGCAAGUAACCGCUGCUCCAGAUGCCUUGCAGCCUGAGGGGUCCGCGGGAGAGGCACCUUUCCUCAGCGUCAGGAGUGAUAAGGCUGGUGACUCUUUGACCUCUCAGCAUCCUCGUCUCAUAACGGGAGAGGGUCUUGGAAGCCAGAAGAGUGAGCAGGAAGCUCAAGCUAUUCACCAAGAGAACCUGGAGAAGCUGCGAUCCAUGUCUGAGGAAGAGAUCCUGCAGGAGCAGGCAAGGCUUCUGUCUCAGUUGGAUUCCAGUUUAGUUGCUUUCUUAAGAUCACAAUGUGGUAACAAUGAAGGCCAGAAAAAGGAAUUAAAAAUGGAACAGAACAGAUCGGAGGAGUUUGUGGAAUCUCUGCCUGUGGCUCAGCGUGGUGUAAGAUCAUCUCUUUCCAUACAGGAGUCGAGCCUGGAAGAAUCUGUAAGGAAGGAAGAAAAUAGGAAGGUAGAAAUCACAGAUGAUGAUCUGCCUGUGAAGCCCAGGAAGGAAUGGAUUAAUAUGGACAAUGUGGAGUUUGAGAAGCUGGAAUGGAUGAAAGAUCUGCCCCCACCCCAGCAGAAGAAAACCAAAAAGGGAAUGCAAGCUCGAUUCAGUUUAAAAGGAGAAUUGAUUCCUGCAGAUGCUGAUUUGCCAACACAUCUAGGCUUGCAUCACCAUGGAGAAGAGGCAGAGAGGGCUGGUUAUUCUCUCCAAGAGCUCUUUCAUUUGUCUCGCAGCCAAGUUACACAACAGAGGACACUGUCUCUACAGGUCCUGGGUCAUAUUGUUCAAAAGGCCAGGGCUGGAGAGUUUGCUUCCUCCUUGAAGGGCAGUGUUCUGCGGCUGCUGCUUGAUGCCGGGUUUCUCUUCUUGCUGCGCUUCUCGCUGGAUGAUGCAGUGGAUAAUGUCAUGGCAGCAUCUGUUGGUGCUCUCCGGGCUCUGCUGGUGUCACUGGAUGAUGAGAAAUAUCUUGAUUGGACUUUCUCAUGGUACCAAGGGAUGGCUGCAUUCCCCUUUGUCCCCAGCAAUGAGGAGGAAGAGGAGGAAGAAGAGGAAGAAGUAAAUGGAGCAGAGAAAUCACAGGAUAAAACAUUAAAGGAUGAAAAUAAGUCAGAUGCAGAUGUGGCCCGAUACGAUGUUGUAAAGGGUCUUUUGAAGACACGGAUCCAGCACCGGCUGAGGUACAUCCUAGAGGUGGUACGACCUGUUCCAACAGUAGUCCUGGAUAUACUGCACAUCCUCACCCACAUAGCAAGGCACUCCUCUGAAGCAUGCAGCCAGCUGCUAGACUGUCCUCGGUUGAUUGAGACCAUCGUCAGGGAAUUUCUCCCUACUCAGUGGAAUCCCCAAGUGGCUGAACCAGGGUUUUUACUUACCAGUCUCCAUGGAGUUGCUUGUGCCACUGCUAUGAAGUUCAUCCGAGUGUUGGCAUCUGGUGGACGAAAUGCAACAGCCAGGCUGCUUAACAGAUUUGAAAUGAAAAGUCGAUUAAGUCGAUUUAUAGCUGAAGACCCACUGGAUCUGCUUCUGCCAAGGGAAGAAGCCAUCAAGCUAAGCACCGAAGCCUUCCGGCUGUGGGCUGUGGCUGCAGGCUACGGCCAGGCCUGUGAUCUCUACAGUGAUCUCUACCCUGUGCUGGUGAGGAUACUGCAGUCCCUGCCCAAGUUACUCAGCACUUGCCGUGGGAAGAGCCCUACGAUGGAGUUGUCUGUCCAGCGAGCUGCAGCAGUAGUUACUCUGCUGACACAUGUGACACAAACAGCAGGCUGCACGGCAGAGCUGCAGGCCAAGCUGAGCAGUAAUAGCUCAGAAGAUAGUGAACAGAUUCCACCUCCUCCAGUAGCAUGGAAUCAAGUGUCAGGCUUACAGCCCUUCCUUGAGACGAGUCUGAAAAAAAUCCUCCAGGAGAUAUCCCAAACAGAGACUUGGCAAACUCUCCAGCCUCUGACCACAACUUGUGUGCUUUACUUGGGAGUUUAUUACAGUGCUUACAGCCAACAGCCAACAGUCAACCCAAUUGACUGCUUAGAGGAACUGGAACAUUUAACAUCUGAGGUGCUGCAGCCCCUGCUCAGCCAGCCAGCCAUACACAGCAUGUGGGAUUUGCUCAGGCCAUGUUCUGCUUUGUGCAACCCUCUGUCAUGUUCCCCAGCACCAGAAUCUGUCUUCAGCAUCGCAUCUCUGAGUUGCACUGGAGGCAAACCUCCUUUGAGCCUGGUUGGCUCUAAGUCACCUUUCCCCUUCCUGACUGCCCUCCUGUUUCUCAUCAAUAGCAUCACUCACAUUCACAAGGGUCUGACCAGCAAGUACAGUUCUGUGCUGGUCUUCAGAGGCUUGAAGGAUUAUCUGCAUCAAAGCUGGCAGACUGGACCUCCUUCUGUAACUCCCUCAUCUGCAUGGAUCCUGCGCCAUGAGUAUCAUCUGCAGUACUUCGUGUUAGCAUUGGCUCGGAAAAUGGCAGGCACUUGUCCGGAUUACAUGCAGCAUGCCUCACUCCAUCACUGUGUUGCCAUGGCAUUGCUAAGCCGUCUGUUGCCAGGGAGUGAGCAUCUGGCUCAUGAGCUCCUACUGGAUCUUGCCUUUAAUCCAGAGUUUCUUCCUGAAGGGAAAGCUGGAGGGCCAGAAGCAGCUGACUUCUCUGAUAUCCUACAUCUGGGUACCAGUGCCAAACUGGCACAGCCUGGCACUGCGGCAGCAGUUUUUUCAAAGGUUUCUCGUGGUGCCCUGCUGAGAGAGUCAUACCAGAAUCUGCCUGUCAUUCGUUCCUGCUACCUUUCUCAUUUUGUCCACUUGCAGCCUACCCUUACACGUUCCCAAGCAUCCUACCAAGGGCGGAAUUACCUCAUCCAGUCCAUGCUGCUUCCUGAGGUCAAAGGACCCAUCCUGCCUUCAGACUGGCCAUUCUUUCCGCUCAUCCGCCUCUACAACAAAGUGACUAAUGCAGAGACCUGUGGGGCUAUACUGAACUCUCUCCCACUUGAUCUUGUCAACACUGUGACCUGGAACCUGCAGUGGGUCUUGUUGCUAGAAACUUGGCGUGCUAAAACCCUUCAGAGCACCCCUACUGCUGCCAAGCUUGCACGGCUUAUGUGUGUCUUCCUCACAGGCAGUGACCUCUUUCUAGAAGCACCAAUUCACCACUACACAGCUGCCCUUCUCUCUGUGUAUUGCCAGCCCAAGGCCCUGGACUCGCUGAAUUUGGAUGCUCCUCUCCCUGGUUUGGCAUCCUUUCAUGAUCUCUAUAUAAGUCUCCUGGAGCAGUUUGAAGGUGUCUCCUUUGGAGAUCCCCUCUUUGGAGUCUUUGUUCUUCUACCUCUACAGAAGCGUUUCAGUGUUCAUCUGCGUCUCUCUGUUUUUGGGGAGCACACAAAUAUCCUGCGGGCGCUGGGAGUGCCGUUACAGCAUUUUCCUGUGCCUCUUGAGCGAUACACUUCCCCUCCUGAGGAUAACCUGAACCUCCUGCGACUCUACUUCCGAACACUGGUCACUGGUGCACUGCGCCACACCUGGUGCCCUGUUCUUUAUGUGGUGGCUGUGGCUCAUGUGAACAGCUUUAUUUUCUCCCAAGAAAGCACAACACAGGAGACUGAUGCUGCUCGGAAAAGCAUGCUGCGGAAGACGUGGCUGUUGGUGGAUGAGAAUUUGAAAAAGCACCUGCUGUACUACAGACUGCUGAAUGCAGAGAGCCCUUUGGGAUUUGACCUUUAUGAGGAGCUCCCUCCCAUGCGACUGAAAUACCUGCAGAUUGUGACACAGAAAGAAAAUAAGGAGGACAUACCAGUGCUAGACUCAUAGCAAAACACUUGUGCAAGAAAGGGCCAUGGUGAAGAAUGGAAGACCUCAGUUUAUACUUCACUGAUGAAACUACUUGCAGUUCAGAUGUUUUUAGUGUCUUACCUGGACACUCUUGGCAUCUCUGCCAAGUGAAGCACCAGUAGAAUGCUCCCAGCCCUGUGGAACCAUACACAUCUUGUCGAGAUAUGACAGUAUGUGUGUGGUCUCUUUGUGAUGAAUGUUGGAGCAUUUUCCUCUAUUCUCUUUCAAGUUGUUCUGCUU